GGAGGAGCGAGAAGACAAGAGACUAGAGGAGCGCUUGAAAGAGAGUGGAAAGCGAGAGAAGGAUUGUGGGGUGGACAUGGGUCUGUGUGCUGUGCUUUUGAUUUGUCUCUCACAGGCAGAGCUGACCAGAGUGUGGGCUCAGGAGCAGAGAGGUAUAAUGCAGUCAGGUAAGACUGAUGGAGGUCCUUCAGACAUCCAGAGAAUUAGAAGAGACAAGCAAGAUCUCAGCAGACGCAUUCAGAACAGAACUGGACAAGAGCCGACCAAUAGGCUAUCCAUUGACAUUUUCCCUGACAAUAUGACACGAGUGGUGGAGGACUCCCAGAGGUACUACACCUGGCGCAGUUUUGGUCCUGGUGACAAACACACACAGGAUCUCUGGGUGGAUCUUGAUUCAGUGCAUCAAGGACCUGUCAGAGUGCACGCUAUCCUAUCCAACACACACCGACAAGCAUCGCGGGUGGCACUAACCUUUGACUUCCUUUUCUAUGGACAUCAAGUGAGACAAAUCACCAUAGCAACUGGAGGGUUUAUUUUCACUGGAGAGAUAACACACCGCAUGCUGACAGCGACGCAGUAUAUUGCUCCACUCAUGGCAAACUUUGACCCCAGUUUUUCCAAAAACUCCACUGUGCGGUAUCUGGACAAUGGUGACAUAUUUGUGGUGCAAUGGGACAACGUGAGGCUCAAAGAUCGAGAGACUGAAGGAGCUUUCACCUUCCAGACUGUUCUCUGUCAUAACGGGACCAUUGUUUUCAGCUACAAAGACGUUCCUUUGCCUGUGGAGAAAAUUAACUCCACUGAGCAUCCAGUGAAAGUGGGACUGUCUGAUGCCUUCAUGGCUCUUUUGUUUUCUCCACAGUCUCCAGAUUCUAAACGACAGACUAUUUAUGAGUACCAUCGGGUGGAGAUUGACACAACAAAAAUUGUCAAUAGCUCAGCAUUUGAGUUCACCCCCUUACCAACCUGCCUACAGCACAAUUCCUGCGAACAAUGUAUCCAGUCCAACCUGACAUCAGGCUGUGGGUGGUGCAAUACUUUACAAAGGUGUUCAACUGGAAUAGACCGAUACAGGCAAGAAUGGCUGGACUACAGUUGCUCUGAGGAGGCAAAAGGCACAUGUGACGAUUAUGCACACAGAGGACCAGAGAGUUCAGUCAUCCCUUUUAAUUCAUCAUCAUCAGUGAAGACUCCUUCCCCUGCAGCUCAACCCGCUAAUCCUGUGACCGAAGAUAACACUAAAAUUCUCUUUCACCACCAUGGCAAUGGUGAGGAAGCACCAGAACACACAGCCAUCAUUGCAGGUGUGGUGGCAGCUCUGGUUCUACUGGUGUUCUUGACCCUGUUGGCUGUUUACUACAUUAACACACACCCAACUGUUGCUCCUCCUUUCUACCUCAUGCAGCGUCGCACCAAUAACUAUUGGCCCUCCAUGAAGUUUCGGAAUCAAGGAUGCCAUUCCAGCUAUGCUGAGGUUGAUCUUGGGGGUUACGAAAAAGAGGGGUUCAUUGAGGCAGAGCAGUGCUGAGCAGGCAGGACUUUAUUAAGGGAUGGACUGAAGAAAAAGUUAUUUCAUAAUUCUUUUCUAGAAUGAUUAUAGGAUCAUGGACAAACACACAAUGAGAGGCUGUCACUGUUGAAAAAGAUCAUUUGAGAGUUUUGUGAGCUUUUCUCUGUCCCUGACUCCCCACAGUUGGCAGUCCACCUUUCAAAACAUUUUAUGCUGUUGUUUAUAGUAAAGGAAGUUUUAAGUUUAAAGAGGUACUAAUUGUAACAAAGACCAGCAAAUCUGCAAACUACACUCCAUAAUAAUGAGUAUGUGUUAGCCAAAAUAAUUGCAAGUUAAUGUACAGUGCAAGGUAUCUUUAUAGAGAUUU